GAAUCUAGCAACCACAGUCUAAACAAACAUGGCAGCCUCGAUGCGGUGCGUUCGUCUCCUUGGAGUCGUGCUUAGAUCUCGAUCGUCGAUUUUUGCGUCUUGCAAACCUUGUCAUGCGAUGAGUAUUACGUGGUCAAGAAAGAGCAGCUACGCCGUACAGUUCAAGGAAUUCGGAGAUCCGUGCAAAGUUUUGGAGCGCGUCGAAGAAGCCGUCCCCGACACACUGGGUGCCGACGAAAUCCUGGUCAAGAUCCUGGCAGCUCCGAUAAAUCCUUCAGACAUAAACACAAUACAAGGGACCUACGGAAUCAAGCCGAGCCUUCCCGCGAAAGCAGGACUCGAAGGCGUAGGGGAAGUCGUUAAGGUUGGGUCACAUGUUAAAAACUUGGAAGUGGGAAAUUGGGUGCUGCUGCCUGGUGAUUCCUGGGGGACAUGGAGAAAUUUUGGAAAGGGGGACCAGAAGAGGUUUCGAAAA